AACCCACACCACACGGCGCCCGCCACCCACCAAAACCCCUCGAUCCCUCGGGCAAAUCUCUACUCUCGAGACCAGCAAACAUGGCGUCCCGCUUCUUUGCCGCCAGUGACAGCUCCUCGGACGAGUCCAGCGAGGAGGAGCUCUACUCCAACGACGACGAGUCUGAGCAGGAGGACAGCGAGCAGGACUCUGACGACGACGACUCGGACGACGACGAUUCCUCGGACUCGGGCUCGGAAGUGGGCGCUGCCCGCUUCUUGAAGGACGCCGACAGCGAGAGCGAGAGCGACGACGAGGAUGUGAACAAGGUGCUGAAGAGUGCCAAGGACAAGCGCUUCGACGAGCUCGAGGCGACGAUACGGCUCAUUGAGAAUGCGCAGCGCAUCAACGACUGGGCCGUCAUCUCCGAGCAAUUCGACAAGCUCAUCCGCCAGGUGCCUACGCUGAUCAAGCAGAACGAUGGCAAGAUCCCCAAGCUGUACAUCCAGGCCAUUGCCGACCUCGAGACGGCCGUCAUCGAGACCCACGAAAAACAAAAGGUGACGCCCAAGAAGAUGAACGCCGUCAACGGCCGUGGCUUCAACGCGGUGCGCCAGAAGAUCAAGAAGCACAACCGUGAAUACGAAAAGGACAUUAAUGCGUACCGAGAGAACAAGGACGAGUUCAUGCGCGAGGAGGAAGAGGAGGCCGUCCAGGCGCCAAAGGAGAAGAAGAAGAAGAGCAAGAUUCCUCAGCUCGGCACCGAGAUUGUGGACCAGGCGACAGACGACGGAUUCAUCACCGUCGGCGCUGGUGGCAAGGCAGUCCUGUACACGCCCGAGGGCAUCCUCAAGCACCUGCGGGCAAUUGUCGAGCAGCGUGGUCGCAAGAACUCGGACAAGCUGGAGCACAUUCGGACGCUGGAGAGGCUGUUUGACGUUGCCAUCAGCGACUACCAGCGGGUCCGCAUUCUGUUGACGCUCAUUUCCACGCGCUUUGACCUGACAAGCGGCACUGCGAGCCACAUGCACCAGGACCAAUGGAAGCUGGCCGACCAGGAGUUUGGCAAGCUGCUCAAGAUCCUCGAGGACAGCAACGAGAUUGUUGUCAUUGAAAACGCCGAGGAGUGGGAGGACGACGAGAAGCUGCCUACCAUCACACCGGGCGAGAUCUUCCGCGUCCCAGGAAGCAUUGUUUCCUUUGUCGAGAGGCUCGAUGACGAGCUCACUCGCUCUCUCCAGCACAUUGACCCGCACACGUCCGAGUACAUUGAGCGGUUGACCGACGAGGCGCUGCUGUAUGCCCAGCUGGUGCGCACCCUCGUGUACGUCGAGAGCUUGAAGAAGAACGCCAGCCUGGAGCUGCCGCAAGAGCCACUGAACCGCAUCGUCAUGCGGAGAUUGGAACACGUCUACUUCAAGCCCUCGCAAGUCAUUACCAUCCUCGAGAACAAUGUGUGGAAGGCUAUUCCCGACACCCUCGACUCUGAAAUCACCCCUCGUGCCAUUUCCAACGACACAGCCUCGCUCGUGCAGACGCUGUGCACAUACCUGUUCCAAAACAGCGAGGGCAUUAUCCGUGCCCGCGCGAUGCUGUGCCAGAUCUACUUCCUGUCUCUGCACGACCAGUACUACAAGGCACGUGACAUGAUGCUCAUGUCGCAUCUGCAGGAGACGAUCAGCAACUUUGACGUCAACACGCAGAUCCUGUUCAACCGUGCACUCGUCCAAGUCGGUCUCUGUGCUUUCCGUGCUGGUCUGGUCUACGAGGCGCAAACAUCUCUGCAGGAGAUUUGUGGUAGCAACAGGCAAAAGGAGCUUCUCGCACAGGGUCUGCAAAUGCAGCGAUACUCGCAAAUCUCGCCCGAGCAGGAGCGUCUUGAGCGCCAACGACAGCUUCCGUUCCACAUGCACAUCAACCUUGAGCUCCUCGAGUGCGUCUACCUGACGUGCUCCAUGUUGCUCGAGAUUCCUCUGCUCGCACAACUUGGCUCGUCGCCUGACCUCAGGAAGCGGGUGAUUAGCAAGACUUACCGCCGUCUCUUGGAGUACCAUGAGCGUCAAAUCUUCACUGGUCCUCCUGAGAACACGCGCGACCACGUCAUGCAGGCGUCCAAGGCGCUGUCUGCCGGUGAGUGGAAGAAGGCUGCCGAGUUUAUCAACUCGAUCAAGAUCUGGGAGCUCAUGGCCAACUCGGACAAGAUCAAGGAGAUGCUCUCUGCCCAGAUUCAAGAAGAGGGUCUGCGGACAUAUCUCUUUACCUAUGCACCUUUCUACGACACGCUUGCCAUCUCGACACUAGCAGGCAUGUUUGAGCUGCCAGAGCGCAAGGUGUCUGCCGUUGUGUCCAAGAUGAUUUCGCACGAGGAGCUGGCGGCUGCCCUUGACCAAGUCAACUCGGCCAUCAUCUUCCGAAAGGGCGUGGAGCUGUCAAGACUGCAAACACUGGCUCUCAGCCUGUCAGACAAGGCUUCAGGCCUCAUCGAGUCCAACGAAAAGACGCUCGAGCAACGCACACAAGGUACGGCCAAUGCAUUUGAGAGGCAAGGAGGACGUGGCAACCGCGGCGGAAGGGGCGGCGGUGGCCGAGGCGGAGGUCGUGGAGGCGGUGGAGGCGGCGGCGGCUCAAGGGGUGGAAGAAAUCAGCAGUUUACGGGCGGUGCUUUGGGACGGGCUAUCCAGGCUUAGACGAAGAAGCGUGUGUCUGUCUGUGUGUGUGUGUGUGUGUGUGGGUGUGUAUGUGCGUCUCUGCGUACUACUUCAAACCUCC